AUGGCAGGGCCGGCGGGGAGCAGGAAGUGUAUUCGGCAGCGAAAAGCCCAUACCCAGCAAUACCUCCACGCACCUCGUGAACCCUCCGAGCGCUCCUCACGGAGCACAACGACCUACGGAAAAGACCGGGAAGCCCGCCCGGCGCGAAGCGGCGUUCCCCGGAGCGGCCGAUGCGAAGCGCGGCGGAGACGCCGCUUCCCGCGCGGCAACGUGUCGCGCCGGCGGCCGCAGCGCCACCAGAACGCGCACGGCUUCCGCAACGACAAGUACGACACGAGCGCCCGGCAGAAGAAAAUAAAUGCCAAGCUUCAUGAUGGAGUAUGUCAGCAUUGUAAAGGUAUCUUGGAGUGGCGGGUAAAAUUCAGCAAGUAUAAACUACUAUCCCAACCCAAGAAAUGUGUCAAGUGCCUCGAGAAAGCUGUAAAAGAUCCUUACCAUAUUAUUUGCCGACCCUGUGCUUGUAAGCUAGGAAUUUGUGCAAAAUGUGGAAAAGAAGAAGAAAUUGUAAUUCCGAUUGACAAAGGACAAGAAAGAACUGAGAGUAAGGCUCUUGAAAAUGACCAGGAGAGAGGUGAAUUGAAGGAUGAACUGGAUUUUGAAGCAAACUUCAGUAGUACAGACAAUGAUGAAGAUUCUGAUGUGCUUGAAGAAAGAUUCAAAAGCAUGAGUUUUGAAAGGACAGGUGUCUAAAAGUUUCUAUUUGAGAGACUGAA